ACUUCUUGUCUUUGUUCUGCUUCAUGUACUGUAUGAAGAUGGUGUGGUAGAUUUCUGUGCUUUAGUCAAAAAGCCAUGUAGACUGCCUGCCCUUUGAAGACCACUUUUAAUGUGUCUAGUAAGACAGAUGCAAUAUUGAAAGUUUCCAAAGAAUAUAAUUGUGUGUGUGGUAGCAGAAAGAAGAAUGGAAGUAUUCCAGGAAGUUCGUAAACCAUCAGCACGUUUGGAGUGUGAUCACUGCAGUUUCAGAGGCACAGAUUAUGAAAAUGUACAAAUCCAUAUGGGUAGCAUACAUCCAGAAUUUUGUGACGAAAUGGAUGCUGGUGGAUUAGGUAAAAUGAUAUUUUACCAGAAAAGUGCAAAGCUAUUUCAUUGCCAUAAAUGCUUCUUCACCAGCAAGAUGUAUUCUAAUGUAUACUACCACAUCACGUCCAAACAUGCAGCCCCAGAGAAAUGGAAUGAUAAACCGAAAAAUCAGGUGAACAAAGAAACAGAUUUUGUGAAAAACCCUCCUCCUCCUGAACACCAGAAAAUGCCCUCUAAUUCAGCAGAACUCCUGAAACCCAUACCUGCCCUUUCCAUUGAAACACAGAAACUUGGUCCAGUUUUAUCUCCAGAAUCACCAAAACCUACUCCUCUUACUCCCCUGGAAGCUCAGAAACCUGGGCCUGUUUCUCCUGAGGUACAGACACCUCCUCUUCCUUCUCCUGAGCCCUCAAAAUCUGCCCCUAUUUCUUCUCCUGAACUUCCAAAACCAGUUCCUGUUUCUGAAUCUCAGAAACCUGUCCCCGUUCCUUCUCCAGAACAACAGAAACUUGCCUCUGUGUCUCCUGACCCCAUGAAGUCUACUCUAAUUAAUCCUAAACCCCAGAAACAUUCUCAUUUCACAGAAACACUGGGGCCACCUUCAGCCUCAUCUCCAGAGUCACCAGUUUUAGCUGCAUCCCCUGAACAUUGGGGGCCAUCCCCAACUGCAUCUCCAGAAUCUCGGAAGCCAGCCCACACUACCUCCCCUGAGCCAAGGAAACCAUCCCCAUCGGAGUCUCCUGAACCUUGGAAGCCAUUUCCUGCUAUCUCCCCAGAGCCUAGGAGACCAGCCCCAGCUGUGUCACCAGGAUCCUGGAAGCCAGGGCCACCUGGGUCCCCUAGGCCUUGGAAGUCCAGUCCUUCAGCAUCAUCUGGACCUUGGAAGCCAGCUAAACCUGCUCCAUCGGUGUCUCCUGGGCCUUGGAAACCAAUUCCUUCUUUAUCACCUGGACCUUGGAAACCAGCUUCAUCUGUGUCCCCUGCAUCCUGGAAGUCUUCAUCAGUCUCACCUGGUUCCUGGAAAUCUCCCCCUGCGUCCCCUGAGUCAUGGAAGUCUGGCCCACCAGAACUCCGAAAGACAGCUCCCACCUUGUCACCUGAACAUUGGAAGGCAGUUCCCCCAUUGUCUCCUGAGCUUCGCAAACCAGGCCCACCACUGUCCCCAGAGAUCCGUAGUCCAGCGGGAUCUCCAGAGCUCAGAAAACCCUCAGGGUCACCAGACGUUUGGAAAUUUUCUUCUGAUCAGCGGAAAACUUCUCCUGCUUCACUUGAUUUUCCUGAGUCCCAGAAAAGUUCCCGUGGUGGUUCUCCGGAUCUCUGGAAGUCUUCCUUUUUUAUUGAUCCUCAGAAACCUACUGUCUUCCCUGAGACCCGGAAGCCAGGUCCUUCUGGGCCAUCUGAGUCCCCCAAAUCAGCCUCGGAUAUCUGGAAGCCUGUCCUCUCUAUCGAUACUGAGUCUAGAAAACCUCUCUUUCCUGAGCCUAUCCAAACAGCCCCUCCUGUUUCUCCUGAAUCACGAAAACGUGCUCUUUUUCCAGAGCCCCGGAGGCAUACCCUUUUCCCCGAACUUCCCAAAUCUUCUAUAUUCUCAGAAUCUCAAAAGGCAGUUGAGCUUGGUGAUGAACUACAAAUAGAUGCUGUAGAUGAUCAAAAGUGUGACAUUUUGGUUCAGGAAGAACUUCUAGCUACACCUAAGAAACUCUUAGAAGACACUUUAUUUCCUUCUUUAAAGAAGCCCAAGAGGGAUAACCAAGAAAACUCAGAUGCUGAGCUCAGUAGUAGUGAGUACCUAAAAACAGAUCUGGAUGCAGUAGAUGUUAAGGGCCAGGAAUCGAGCAGUGAUCAAGAACAGGUUGAUGUGGAAUCUGUUGAUUUUAGCAAAGAGAACAAAAUGGACAUGGCUAGUCCAGAGCAGUCCAAAAAUGUACUUCAGUUCACUGAAGAAAAGGAGGCUUUUAUCUCUGAAGAGGAGAUUGCGAAAUAUAUGAAGCGUGGAAAAGGAAAGUAUUAUUGCAAAAUUUGUUGCUGUCGUGCCAUGAAAAAAGGUGCUGUUUUGCACCAUUUGGUUAAUAAGCAUAAUGUCCAUAGUCCUUACAAAUGCACAAUUUGUGGAAAGGCUUUUCUUUUGGAAUCUCUCCUUAAAAAUCAUGUAGCAGCACAUGGGCAAAGUUUACUUAAAUGUCCACGUUGUAAUUUUGAGUCAAAUUUCCCAAGAGGCUUUAAAAAACAUUUAACCCAUUGUCAAAGCCGACAUAACGAAGAAGCAAAUAAAAAGCUAAUGGAAACUCUUGAACCGCCACUGGAAGAGCAGCAGAUUUGAUGUGUAAACACUGUUGCUGCAAAGCCGAACUCCUUGGAAAAUGGGCAAUAACAGCUCUCUGGAGUAGGGCCAGAAAGAAACAGUGGAUGUUCUCUUGCAAAAACCCUGAAUCAGAAAGGAACCCAUAAACAAUAUGCAGACUGACUCUGAAAAUGGGCCGUUUUACGUUCCCUAAUGGAAGGACAGCUUGCUUGUUCAUGGAUUUAUAGCAACAAUGUGAUGUCAUCAAGUGAAUAUGGCCAGAAGCCUCACAAGUAUCAGUAUACAGUGGGGGUGGGGGUGGAAACAUCCUAUUCUCACCAAGAAGCUGGUCCCCACCCGAAGUUGUCUUUGCCUUAGGGUGGGGCAGAUGUAGGAAAACCCAAGUUGUUAGUGUUACUGGGAAUGGGACAAGGGAGGUGAGGAAUUACUGGAGCCAUCCAUCUUAGGAAAGGAUUUGAGAAAUAUAAAAUUAGUUUAUUUAGAACAUAAGAAUGACGACUACAGCCUAAAUCAUCUCUCUAAUUCUUGACUUAUCCAGUGAGUAAUGUUUGAUGCUCCACAGUAAAGUGAGAAUGAUACCUACAAAGUCCAGACACGUGUAGGGAACAUUCAUAUUUCAUGGGAAAAGGAUAUGGACAGCAUGAGGUGAUAAUAUAGAAGCAUGGCCUUAUUUUAUUUUAAAAUUUAUAUACAGAAAUAUUUACUCUUUGGUAGAUCUAAAAAUGUGACAAAAGUAAAAAGUCACGUAACUGUCACCACAAACAAAACAACACUUCUGUGAUCUGGAAAAACUCCCUUUGCGGUUAACACCUCUCCUCACCCUCAAUUCUUUGCAGUGUUCCUUCAGUUUUGCCUUUUCUAGAAUGUCAUUUAUGUGCAGUCAUAGUAUAUACCCUUUUAAAGUUACAUACUGUAUGCAUUUGAGAUUAAUCCCUAUCAUUGCAUUGUUGCAUUUUGUUGCUUUGCCCCCCACGGAUUUGUCACCCCACUUCACCUGGGUGAUGGAGACGCAAAGGAUCACUCAAACCCAUUUCUUCUGAGCAGUGAGGGGCGCUGAAGCGGUUAACUUCCCUUGGGAAUGCUCAGGCAAGACGCAUCCCUUUCUUGGGAAAUUAACCCCAAAUUGGGCUUUUCUUCCUGCAUUUAUUUUUCAGA